AUUCCUUGCUAACCAGCACGUGAUAAUUCAAACAUGUUUCAAUUCGAUUUUUUAAGAAAGUUAAACCGAAUCAACAAUCCACACCCAGAACCAAAACUGGUCAAAAUUUCCAAAGCUUCAAGAACAGAUACUCAUAUCAAUAAAACAGGCCAGACUAAUUCAAGCCAACGCAAGAAGCGAAAAUCUAAUACUUCGCGUGCUAAAUCCCGAUGCAAAUCAAAAGGUUGUAGCAAGAAUGCAUCACCUAAAACAAAACGGGGAGGUAAUCAUCGUCUUCGUUGGUUUAGAAACCCAAAACGAUUUAGAAAAUGUAAGCAGGUUUCUGUUAAAACACGUGAGAUAUCGGGUAAAAAUGAAACCUUUACGCCCCAUAAACUUGUCUUUGAGCAAGAGGUGAUAGAAAAGAAAGUUAACAAAGUCACCUGCAACGCUGUAACGAUUUAUUCUAAGGUUAACGUAUAUUUUCAACAAUUGAAGGAAGACGUUAAAAAUAUUCCAGGUUUAAAUGAUAAAACUGUGGAGUCAAAAACGUUAAAAGAUGAUUCGCAAAUCAACAAAACAUCUUUAUAUGAAGAUCUUUAUAACUCGAAGUUCUUUAAAAUUAAGCCCACCUCGUUGUCCGUAUUUAUAUUAGAAAGUCCAGUUACCGAAAUAAAUGGAAUAUUAUGGCGAUAUUUUAAGAUAGAGAUGUACAGGCUAGUUACUUUCGCAAAGUAUCCAGUCAAAGCUAACCUGUCGGCACUUGUGUUAGCAGCUGAUGGUUUUGUUUACAUCGGUACAGGAGUAGAUAAUGACGACACAGUAGUCUGUUAUUUUUGUUGUAAAUCAAAAGACAAGUGGCAAAUAAACGAAAAAGUUGAAGACACCCACAAGGAAAUAUCGCCAAAUUGUUGUAUGGUCACGAAAAUAAAUUGCGACAACGUACCUUUGAUAUCACCUGUUCCGGUUGGGUCAAGUUUUACUGAAGCGAUAAAUAGCCUUGAUUAUCAUAACCAUCAUCAUCACACCAAUCAAGUAAACGAUAAUACCAUAGAUACAGAUUCGGCUCCGGGUGCAGCGAACGUACAAGAAGUCAAAAGUACUGAAUUAAACGCCAAAAGUUUACAUAACCCUAAUGACAUAGAAGCUGAUUGCGCACCACAUCAGUAUAGUGAGGUAUCGAAUCUUGAGUCUAGUUUUAGAGGCCUAACCCAGAAUAGCACGACUUCAGCGUCCAUUACAGUACAACCGGAUCCGUCAGUGUCAAGAUCUAGCGGUCAUUUAGUUCAAAAUGUAGAGCCGUCCCCUACAGUCUCAUUGAUCCCGAGUACAGUUGACAAUAACUCCCAAGUAAUUGCUGACCCUACCCCAGCACUAAAACACACACUGUGUAUUGUCCCAAACAACCCACCCCCCAGCCCGUCCCCCAGCUCUAACUCCACCACCAGCAACACAUCAGCUACGUCCGUGACCUCCAACACCAGCAGCCAACCCAAGGGCAAAGGUCGAGGUCCGACCUACGCUGAGCUUGGCAUCAUCACAGAGAGACCUAAGCGUCCAGAGUACGUCAAGAAAGAUGAAAGAGCAAAAACGUUCACAGCAUGGCCGAGAGAUCAUCACCUGUCGGUACCAGAACUGGUGGAGGCCGGCUUUUACUAUGCAGGUUACGGCGACUGUGCCCGAUGUUUCUACUGUGGUGGAGGUCUGAGGAACUGGGAAGACGAAGACGACGUGUUUGUAGAACAUGCCAGAUGGUUCCCUAAAUGUGCCUUCAUACGUCAGCUGAUGGGACACGCCUUUGUGGAUAUGGUGCAGGAACUGAAUAAAACACUUGAUAAGAUUCCUUACAAAUUAGUUAAAGAGAAAAUCGGCGCUCCUGAAAAAAAUUCCCAGCUUGACACGAAAGACGAACCAAUCAAAAGAGACCCUGCGGUUAGGGCAGUGAUGGAGAUUGGCUAUAAGGAGAGUGACGUAGUGGAGGCAGCUAAGUUUGUUAAAAAACGAGACUCCAUGCUGUCUGCCGACUCUCUCGUUGAGGAGUUAAAGAAAAGAAAUUGCCAACAAACGGGCCAAAAGUUAGUCAGACAGACAUCCUUCUCCAUAGACAACGAUAACGAAGAAGAGAUAAGGAAAAUGAAAGAGAAGAACAAUGAGCUACGUCAGCAAACGGUUUGUAAAAUUUGUAUGGACAAAGAUGUGGCUGUUGUCUUCUUGCCCUGUGGUCAUCUCGCCUCGUGCACGGACUGUGCUGCUAGUUUGGACAAAUGUCCGAUCUGUAGGAACCCCGUCAAAGGAAUUGUCCGCGCGUUUAUUGGCUAAGGUGAAAUAUGUU